AAACUCUGCAUGGAACGUCUGAUUCGCCUUAACCCCAAAAUUAGAGGCUGUGAUUAUUAAGACUCUGAAUGUUAAUGUGUUCUUUGUCUAAAUGGAGCUCUUGUUGCGUCAAGCACUGCAUCCACAAGUGUUUGUUUUUUCUCUUCAACCCGCCCACCCCGCUGUCUCCUUCCAUCUCCCUCUCUGUAUUGGAUGUUGAGGCUUGUGCUGAGUAACUCUUUUGUUCACCAAAGCAUCUCUCACAUUGCUUCAUGCCUGACUGGAGACAGUACCCACUAGCACCUAGUUUAUAUCAAGACAGAGAGUGUUUACUCUCUAAAGAGAGGAGGGUGGGAAUUGGAAGAAAUUGAAAAAAGGAUGGUUUCUUUUUUCAGCAACUGGUAAGUUAAAGUGUCAGCAGCACUUAAAGUGGUUAAAUGGAAGCAGGAAGUUGUGCUUUGUCUUAUGGUCUAGAAUAAUUUGCACUUAUUUGUCAUCUCUAACUGUACUCUGAUGCUUUCUUGUAACAGAUCCAUAGCAAAUAUGACCUCCAGCAUUCUUGUAGCUACUUAUUCCUUGGAGUGCAUUUCUAGCAUGCCUUAUAGUAAGACGUCCAUAUGAGCCAGGGGAUUUUCAUUGAUAGCUCCAGUGUUAAAGAGCUUUUAUCGUGGGCUGAAACUUGAGAACUAUGACCGGUUACCCGAGCUCCAGAGAGAUGACUUUCCGCAGGCCAGCUGCCCACCUACGAAGAGCUCCGUGUUGGAGGAAAUCAGGAGAUGAGUCGACCUGGGAGAGCUUCAUAACGGAGGGAGAGGUUUCGCCCCGGGAGUCUCGAUUCCCACGCGCAGCUCGGCCCCAGAGUGCCAUCGAAGGUGGUAACCUGGACGGAUGGCUGGAGCACCUCCAGAGGAUGCAGAGCGACCUCCGGAGAGCCCCAGUUCAUGAUCAAGUUCCUGCCUUCAAUGACCGGACGACUUCCAUGCCUGUGCUCAACAAAGAGACGUCAGCACAUGCCUGGAUUCCUUCUUUCAGCAGGGGUUCAUCUUCAUGCGGAAGCCAAAGUCUGUGUGAGAGUUCACUUGGCAGCCAGGAGUCCCUCCAAACUGGGUUUUUUUCCCGUCCGGAGCGCAGAGGAAGCUGGGAGAGAGCUCAUAUCAUGCAGUCCCCAAAGAAGGAACAGGCACAACUCAGUUCUAUUUCUCCGGUUAAAAUUGGUUGGCUGCCAAUCCAAAGAAGAGUGAUAAUCGCUGAUAAUCGCAACCAAAACCAGUUUUCGGACCCCUCUGUUGGCCAGGUAAAAUUGAAACAACCCAUCACUCCAACAAUUCAGAAGAAUCAGGCACCAGCCAUCCAACCUACAGAUGGAGAGGUGGAGAGAAGUCACAGCAGUCCCAGUGCUUGGGGUGUGAAGACGUGGCAGACACCUGAUCAAGGCUCUCACUUAAUUAAACAGGUGCCAGAGAAGCAAAGCUUUCCCGCCAACGAAGUCAACAGAUCUGUAGGCUGGCCAGGUCUGAGGAGAGGCUGGAAUACCAACAGGGUUUCAGCUUUCCCCGGGGGAAGUCAGUCCACAGAGACCAGCUCGGACCCCAGUGGGAGGUCUCGUCUGAUUAAAACAAACAGCACAGAGCGCUUCAAGCAAACUCCUCUGUAUCAAACAACCGCUGCUGAUCUCUGCAAACCACCGACUCUGCUGCAAGCGUCAAACAGUACAGAGCCAUACAAGUCAUGCUCUCCCUUGCAUAGGACAAGUAGUGGUCAGCCCUUUAAGGCAACAGCAAGGCUUUGUACAACAAACAGUGGCUCUAGUGUGACUGAAAUCGUCCCUCAGAGCAAAGCCAGCUUCUCUUCCAUCACCAUCUCCUCCAGGAAGGUGUGCAGAUCGGCCAGUUUGCCAGGGUCGGCUACCCGCCAAAACCCGCCCAAAUCUCACGAUUCCCCUCCUCUAUCUGACAAAUCCAUGGACCCAAACUCCAGGCAGGUAACCGUGCAGAGGAAGGCCACGAUAGUCAAAGUGACGGAGCAAAGGAUGGUUUCUGGCCCUGCCAAAAAUGCAAAGACACCACCCGCUAGCCAGGCUUUGGACACAGUGGUCCAAAGACGAAAGGCUACAAUCAUUAAAGUGACAGAGCACAGGGAGAGCUAUACUCGAGGCAAAGUAGGGGCAAGAAACCCUGAGUUAAGACACAGCUACACAGACGGACUGUACAAAGAAAACAGCAUGUGGAGUCAGGAAAACCACUCAAAGCACAAUGCCACACCUUCGUAUCCCCAACUGGAUUCAACAAAGACGCUAAACUCUACCGUAGCACAAGACAGGUCCACUUUAGAAGCAGAGAAAAAUGGUGGAACUCUGCACAGAUCGACUCUGAGUCUAUUCGUUAGCAACCCCCCUGCCAUAGCAGCCCCUGCUACCUCGGAGGUUUCUCUGAGGGCUGUUGGACGGAGAUCGGACAGGCCACAAAGACCACAGAGCUGCUACGGCAAUGUGUUUGGACAUUCUACAACGCGCGAGGAUGAUGUGACACAACCAGUCGCCAGGAAAUUAAGCUUUGGGCUUCCACUAGAGACAAAAAUCAACCCCGCAAACUCGGGCGGCCCUCGGACGGCAGUGAAAGAAACAGGUCAGCUAGAGGCGAAAACCUUUGAGCCAAAUGGAAACGAGAAAGGCGAUAGAUUGCCGCCAGAGAAUGCGGUGAGGAGAGCGUCCCCCUGUCUAACUCUCAUCAAGGCCCCCGAUCCCGACUCAACUCAGUCUCCAGAGGAAGUGCUUGCCCUCAAUGCAGCUGCCAUCAUCGCAAAUAUCAAACUCCAAAGACAACUCAGUAGGAAGAAAACACCAAAUGGAAAUACAGGGAAGGACUCCACGGCAUCACCUCAGGGAAAUACGGUGACAGAUAAGGAGACAUGUAUGGAGCCACGUCCAGAUCAAAGCCCAGUCCAGCACCACAACCAGACUCAUGAUGCAUUUGUUCAAUUGAGUCUGGAGCCUAAAAGGUCACCUGAAACUAUCUCUCUACAGGAAGCACUGCAGAGGUCCAGACCAGACUUCAUCAGUCGUUCUCAGGGCAGAAUGCAAGAACUGGAGCGGAGGUCACAGGAGAGAAAGGAGCUGGCAGAUUCAAGAGGCCUACAGUCUGAUGCUGCUCCCAGGCAGAGGAGAGCCCCCAGUGCCCGGUCCACCUCUAUAAAGGAUAACCUUUUCAAAGCCAGAGAUAGAGCCAUUACCGGGAAAGAGAUGCAGCCCAGAUCUAAGCGAACGACUGCAGAGGUGAAGAGGAAAAAAGAGGAAGAGAAGAAAAAGGAGGCGUUUUUGAGCAACAAACAGCGGGCUGAACUUUUCAAAAAGAAGCUGUUGAAUCGAAUUCUUCAGAGGGACAACUGCUGAAUGAUUGACAACAGAAGCAGUUGCUGAUGAAUACUUCCCAUAAUGAGAUGCAGAGUAACCCCUCGCUGCAUGAUACCGCACUGAUGUCCUCAUGCAGCCACGUUCACAUGAUCUCAUGUGAUGCGAAGCAGUGAUAUAAGACAGAAUCAUUCAUUAUGCCUCACAGGGUCUCAUCCAGGACAGUCCACAACCACCGUCCUCAUUACACAAGCGCAGAGCAGGAGGAAGCCCUGAAGUGGGCUUUGCCAUCACUCUCUGCCAGCUAUUAGCUGCAAGAUGGAGGAAUGUGACCCCUGCUCACUGGAAAUGCCCCGUUAAUGGAGAGAGCUGAUUUGAAAGGAGCUUUUGUCUCUGUCUUUGUCUAUGAUGGACCAGAGCUUGUCAUUGCAGAUUUAGAUGUGUGCCUUCUGAUCGUGUCCUCAGAGUGAAGCUUUAAAAUAAGAUGGAACUAGGCGUAAAUCAAAAGUGAGAUGUGUGAAUAUUUAUUUGUGGAACGAUAGAAAACAGAGCAGUCAUUGUUGUCAGUAUUCUUGAUUGUUUUUUUUUUUACUCAUUAGCCCUUCAUUUGGAGUUAUUUCAUAGUCCAGCUGUUCCAUCAUCCAUCUAAAUUUGCACUGAUGUCAUUUAGCCGACAGAUGACUGAUAACGACUAUUGUUUAAAUUGUAUUUCAAGUUGUGUGUGUGUUUUGGAUGGUAUGAGAGUGUUUAUAAUUGAUGGUUCAUACGUCUUUCUUUCUUUCUUAAAUUAGACAUUUUUGUACUAUAAAGUAAAACAACACAUUACUGAGGCUUGAAAAUGGUUAUUUAAUGUCGGGUGGAUUAGAAAGGAUGGCUGUCCUUAUUGUUUUUCUCUUAUAAGCAUAGCAAUGUAACGUAAAAAAUAAAAGAGAACGUAGCUCUGUAUAUUUGUUAUAUUUGAAUUGAUGUAUGCAUUUUAUAUUUAA